AUGGAAGAAGACUUGUUCGACGUCUUUGAUGGCCCAUCCGAGCCAGUGGAACUGAGCACGAGCGCGUCCAAAAGAGCCCACUCAGAAGACUCCGAUGGAGAUUCGAAGAAGACCAAGAUCCAUGAUGACGAGAAGUCCAAAUCUGUAUCUAAGCCAGCAGGAGGUGAAGGAGCUGCAGCACCAGGCGUAGCACCAUCGGAUGCUGCAUCAAACACACAAAAACCCAACGCAGACGACAUUUACGAUAGAAACCAAGAACCAGUGCCUGUAGAAUUAGCAGACGAAGUGGAGACGGAAGCGACCCGUGAAGUGGCAGCAGCAGCAGGCUUAUCGGGCAGUGUAGAAGAUGGUGAUGCAGCUGGUCAGAUCUCCCUCAAUCACCAGGUUAGGCAUAGGGUUGCCCUGCCUCCCAACUACCCAUAUGUGCCUAUCUCGCAACACGUACCCGCCGAAGAACCCGCAAGAGCUUAUCCGUUUACCCUCGAUCCAUUCCAGCGCGUAUCGGUCAAUUCGAUAGAGAGAGACGAGUCCGUCCUUGUCUCAGCUCACACUAGUGCCGGUAAGACGGUUGUUGCAGAGUAUGCCAUUGCGCAGUGUUUGAAGAGAGGCGAGAGAGUUGUAUACACCUCUCCAAUCAAGGCACUCUCCAACCAGAAAUAUCGUGAAAUGUUGGCAGACUUUGGUGAUGUCGGUCUCAUGACUGGUGAUGUCACCAUCAAUCCUUCAGCAAGUUGCUUGGUCAUGACGACUGAAAUUCUAAGAUCAAUGCUGUACAGAGGCUCAGAGAUAAUGCGCGAGGUAUCCUGGGUUAUAUUCGACGAGAUUCACUACAUGCGUGACAAAGAGAGAGGUGUAGUCUGGGAAGAGACUAUUAUUCUCCUCCCACACAAGGUCAGAUAUGUUUUCUUAUCAGCGACAAUCCCCAACGCACACGAAUUCGCUGCGUGGGUGUGUCACACGCACAAUCAACCAGUGCACGUCGUAUACACCAACUACAGACCCACUCCUCUGCAGCACUACCUCUUCCCGGCUGGCGGAGAGGGCAUACAUCUCGUCGUCGAUGAGAAAGGUCAGUUUAGAGAGGAGAACUUUGUCAAGGCAAUGGGUGCGCUCAUGGAUGCCGGCGGUGAAGCCCCCGCUGAUGCUGCAAAGGGCGGUAAGAAUGGAAAGAAGGGCGCGAAGAAGGGCGCUGGCAAUAAAGAUCAGUCUGAUAUUUACAAGAUUGUUAAGAUGAUUAUGAUGAGGAAUUACAAUCCCGUUAUCGUCUUCGCGUUUAGUAAGAGAGAGUGUGAAAACCUUGCGUUGCAGAUGUCGAAAUUGGAGUUCAACAGUGAUCAAGAACGUGAUAUGGUCAGCAAGGUCUUCAACAAUGCCAUAGCUAAUCUCAAUGAUGAGGAUAAGAAUUUACCUCAGAUUCAGCAGAUAUUGCCGUUGUUGAGACGUGGAAUCGGUAUUCAUCACGGUGGUCUUCUUCCAAUCCUGAAAGAAACAAUUGAAAUUCUGUUCCAAGAGGGUCUUUUGAAGGUGCUAUUCGCAACUGAGACUUUCUCUAUCGGGUUGAAUAUGCCUGCAAAGACAGUAGUAUUCACCAACGUCCGCAAAUUUGACGGCAGGGAUUUCAGAACCUUAACAGGGGGUGAAUAUAUCCAAAUGUCAGGCCGUGCAGGUAGAAGAGGGCUUGAUGACAGGGGAAUAGUUAUAAUGAUGUGUGACGAGAAGCUCGAGCCAACAAACGCGAAAGGAAUGGUGAAAGGAGAAGCCGAUAGACUGGAUUCGGCGUUCCACCUCGGGUAUAACAUGAUACUCAAUCUAAUGCGCGUCGAGGGUAUUUCACCUGAGUAUAUGCUCAACCGUUGUUUCUACCAGCACCAACAAACGCAGUCUGUCCCCCAGCUCGAGAAAGAGUUAAAGGAGAUGGAAGCACAGCGAGAUGAACUCGUCGUGCCUGAAGAGGGGGCUAUUACGGAAUACUACAACCUCAAAAAGCAACUGGAAGAUUUUAGCAGUGAUAUACGCCAAGCGCAGAACCUGCCAACUUACGCACUGCCGUUCCUCCAGCCUGGUAGACUAGUUAAAGUGAAGCACCACGAGAUGAAUUUCGGCUGGGGUGUUGUUGUGAAUUACAACAAGCGAGUUGGACCAGCCAAAAAACCACUACCAGUGGACACCAAACCACAGGACACAUAUAUAGUAGAUGUGCUGCUCAAUUGUGCAGCUGGAUCUAGUGUACCGAAAGACCGCAACUCGAAUAACGCAGACCAAUCUCUCACUUUCAGACCAUGUGCUGCUGGAGAAAAGGGUGAAGCUAUGGUAGUGCCAGUGUUACUGUCGACGUUGGAUGGUGUGAGCCAUAUCAGACUAUUCCUUCCAAAGGACCUCAGACCAGCUCAAGCAAAGGAGCAGGCGUACAAGAGUGUGCGAGAGGUCCAGAAGCGUUUCCCGAAAGGUGUCGCCAUGCUCGACCCUGUUGAGAAUAUGAAUAUCAAGGAUGAAGGCUUUACCAAGUUGAUUAACAGAGUAGCAAUCCUCGAGAAGAAGCUCAAGGAGAACAAGCUAUACUCUGACGAACGCCUUGAAGGGAUAUACGCUAGUUAUGAGAAUAAAUUGAACCUGAUCAAUAAAGUUAAGGAGACUAAGAAGAGGAUACAGACUACGCAAGAUGUGAUACAGCUGGAUGAACUUAAGUGUCGCAAAAGAGUGCUUAGGAGACUUGGGUUUACUUCCCAGGCAGAUGUUAUAGAAAUGAAGGGUAGAGUGGCAUGUGAGAUUAGUACUGGGGAUGAAUUGCUCCUGACGGAGAUGAUAUUUAAUGGUGUUUUCAAUCAACUCUCACCCGAACAAUCUGCAGCCGUUCUUUCAUGUUUCGUGUUUGAUGAAAAGUCAGAGGCUAAUCAGACACUCGACAAUGAUUUGAAAGCACCUCUACAUAUUCUGCAAGAAGGUGCUAGGAGAAUAGCCAAGAUAUCGUUGGAAUCAAAGUUGUCAUUUGAUGAGGAGGUCUACGUACGAUCAUUUAAGGUGGAGUUAAUGAACGUAGUUAUGGAGUGGUGUAAAGGCAAGUCAUUCGCGCAUUUAUGCACACUCACGGAUGUGUUCGAGGGAUCCAUCAUUAGAGCUUUCAGGAGAUUGCAAGAACUUCUCAGACAAAUGUCGUCAGCAGCUAAUGCUAUUGGUAACAACGACCUUAAGGAGAAGUUUGAUAAGGCACUCGAGUUGGUCGAUAGGCCAAAUUCAGUUGUCUCGUGUCAGUCGCUGUAUCUUUAG